AUCGAAAAGCAUGCGUUUUUAACAAAUCUUAGCAUUUCUUUAUUAUUUUUUAUUAACAUUCACAACAAUAAAAUGUCUGAAGUUAAAGAAAUCGUAAAAUUUCUGCACAUAGGCGCUCGACUUGAUUUAAAAGCGCUGGCUUUGGAAAACAUACUUGGUUUAACCGGUACAGAUGAUGGUUUGAAGGUGAUUUUGGAUAUUCCUCAGAUAUUGGUGUGUUUAAUUUCGCUUUUGGGGGAUAGAAGUUUGCCGAUUUCGAAAGAUUCGGCGUUAUGUUUGGUGAAUAUAUCUGCAAAUGAAAAAGGUGCUACAAAGUUGAUUGAUUUGGAUGUUAAGGGGAAUUGUCCGCCGAUGCAGUCGCCCCCGGACGAUAUUGUGAAGUGUACACUAAAAUAUAUAUUUGAUAGUGAGAGCUUUAUUGCUGAUCAAUCUUGUAUGAUUUUGUCGAAUUUAACACGACCAUUGCACUUGGCAGAAAAGGUUAUAGAUCUUAUAUUAAAUACAGGGAAGAAUUUUGAUGAUAUUGUUAACAUUUUUACGAAGAAUGAUUACAAUAAAAAUGGCGCUAAGUUGGAUUAUUUAGGGCCUGUACUGUCGAACUUAUCGCAAAGUAGUAGAGUAAGGAAGGUUUUCUUGGAUAGAGAGAAAUGUGUAAUACAAAGAUUACUGCCUUUUACUGAGUAUAAGGAGUCUGUGGUUCGAAGAGGAGGCAUAGUAGGUACUUUAAAAAAUUGCUGUUUUGAAGAGGAAUACCAUGAAUGGUUGUUGAGUGAUGAAGUGGACAUUCUUUCCAGGUUAUUGUUACCCUUGGCUGGUAAUGAAGAGGUUGAUGAUGAAGAUAACGAUAAGUUACCACUUGAUUUGCAAUAUUUACCUGAGGAUAAAGUUAGGGAGUCUGAUCCUGAUAUAAGAUGUAUACUUUUGGAAGCGCUAACACAAUUAUGUGUCAAAAAACAAAAUCGUGAAUUUGUACGAAAUAAAAACACUUACAUAAUAUUAAGAGAACUUCACAAAUGGGAAAAAUGCAGAAAAGCCUUACUGGCUUGUGAAAAUCUUGUCGAUAUUCUUAUAAGAACUGAAGAAGAAAUAGACAAAGAAAACCUUAAAGACGUGGAAGUUCCCGAAGAUAUGCACGAGAAGUUCCAUAAAAUGGAUGAAGAUUUUAUAAAUGACAAAUAAAC